GGCCGAACCCGGCCGGACCCGGGCUGCCCCCGGCCCACCCGAGGCCGGUGUCGCCCGGCCCCCGCCGACCUCGGACCGGACCCCCGGCGCCCAGCCUCCUCCCCGCCCCCUUCCCCCGGGACGGGUGCCCGACACCAACUUCUGCUCGCGAACUCCGUUCUGCCUCUUUCUUGGCCCAGGGCGACCUCGGCAGCCCUGACAGCGACAGGCCCGCCGCCGCAGUGCCCAGAAAGGCCCCCGGGUGGCCCGGCGCCUCCCCGGCUCUUUCUGGAUGGAGGCGCCUCAGGAAGGAGCCGGCUGACGAUUUGGCCUUGGCUGCCCAGCCCCUGCUGACCAUGAACACACCUCCCCUAGUGCAGAGGCCGCGGUGAGGGGCAGGAAAUGCUGCGCCAGCUGGCUCCCCGGGGUCUUGGUCUGAGAGCUAGGAUGGAGCUGGGGCCAGCGACUGAGACCUUCGUGCUGGAGCUUCGGUGUCUCGAAGAUGGGGGCCCUGGGCCUGGCACCCUCUCAGGUGGCAGCGGUGGGAGUGAGAGUCAGGAGGAAGAAGAGGCUCAGGAGAACGGCAGCCCACCGCGGCCAGCAAGCUCAGCCCCGACGGGGGCCGGUGAAAUGGCUGAGGAAGCACAGCAGGGGCAGCCGGAGUUGCAACCACAACAGUCACAACAGCAACCAGCGCUGCAACAACAGCCACGGCAGGAGCGGCGACCACAAAGCCGAUCCCCAGGACCGCAGCAACAGCGGCAAGCUGACCGAGAAUGGCUGCCUCGACAAGAGAAGCACCUGCAGGAAAACCCCCCACCUGUGCCACCUCAGCAGCUGAAACCACAGCUGCCGCCGAUGCCGCCGCAGGAACAGUCAGAGGAGCAGCAAGUGCCAGAGCAACACCUGUUGCAGCCACAGCAGAAACCGUUACCACAGCACCAACAGUUACAGAAGCAGCAGCCACAGAAGCAGUUAAGGCAGCAGGAACCGUGGCAGCAGGAGCAGCAGCAGCAGGGACAGUCAGGGCAGCAGCAGGAGGAGGAACAAUUCCAGCAACAGCAGCAGCAGCAGCAGCAGCAGGAACUGUUACAACAGCAGCACCUGCAGCAGCAACAGUUACAGCAGCAGCAGAAGGCGGAACAGUUACAGCAGCAGCACCUGCAGCAGCAACAGUUACAGCAGCAGGAACAGUUACAGCAGCAGCAGCAGCAGCAGCAGCAGCAGCAGCAGGAACUGUUACAACAGCAGCACCUGCAGCAGCAACAGUUACAGCAGCAGCAGCAGCAGGAACUGUUACAGCAGCAGCUGUUGCAGCAGCAACAGUUACAGCAGCAGCAGCAGCAGCAGCAGCAGCAGCCGCAACAGGAACAGCUACAACAGCAGCAGCAGCCCCCUCUGCUGGAGCCAGACGAGGAGGAAGAGGUAGAGCUGGAGCUCAUGCCAGUUGACCUGGGGUCGGAUCAGGAACUGGAGAGGCAGCGGCAGGAGCUGGAGAGACAACAGGAACAGCGGCAGCUGCAGCUCAAACUGCAGGAGCAGCUGCAGCAGCUGGAGCAGCAGCUGGAGCAGCAGCAGCAGCAGCUGGAGCAGCAG